UAUGUUUUCUAUGUGUGAAACCGUGAAUGUGUCAACUUUAAAUUUUUAUUUGUUUUGUAAAUAAAGAAAAAGCUUCAAAUGUAUUUUUUGAUAAAAACAAAGCAAAGAGGAUACGGAAGAAUAAGGAAAAACGAAAAUUAAUAUAUUAUUACUAAUAUAUUAUGAGAUGUGGCUCAAUUUUUGUCAAUUUAAAUGGUUUUUAAAUUUCUGUUAAUAUAAUAUAUGGCAAAUUUCUGGACAGAUUUAUCAGGGGCUUGUCCUCACCCCUUUGGCGAAUAUUGUGUGGGUGGAAAAUCAAUCCAGCUGUAUUCUUAAAAAGUUCAUAGCCUUGGCAGAUCAUUUUUGGUGGGACGGCUAAACAAUAAUCAUCAACACGUUCAUAAAAAAGCAGAAAAACUUUUUGAAUAUGAGUGGGGCGGGACCCACCGUAGGGGACUCUAUAACAACACUGUCCGAAGCCCUUACUCUUGAAAUUGGCCCUUUUGAGGCCGUCCAUCGCUGGAAGUCUCUCCCUGAGUGUGACGAAUUUGUUGGUGCACGGAGAAGUAAACAUACUAUGGUGGCAUACAAUGAUGCAAUAUAUGUAUUUGGUGGAGAUAACGGCAAAAGUAUGCUAAAUGACUUACUUCGAUUUGAUGUGAAAGAAAAAAGCUGGGGUAGAGCUUUUGCUACGGGACUUGCUCCUGCUCCCAGGUAUCAUCAUUCGGCUGUAGUAUACAAUGACUCCAUGUUUGUUUUUGGUGGUUACACGGGCGACAUUCAUUCCAAUUCAAACUUGACCAAUAAAAAUGAUCUUUUUGAAUACAAGUUCAAAACUGCGCAAUGGUUAGAGUGGAAGUUUACCGGAAAAAUGCCAGUUCCAAGGUCUGCUCAUGGGGCAGCUGUAUUUAAUGAUAAAUUAUGGAUUUUUGCUGGGUACGAUGGAAAUGCUAGAUUGAAUGAUAUGUGGACGGUACCUCUGGGAUUUAUUGAUCGUGUUUGGGAGGAAGUCAACCAGAAAGGAGAGUGCCCACCAACUUGUUGCAAUUUUCCAGUAGCCGUAGCUAGAGAUUCAAUGUUUGUUUUUAGUGGACAAAGCGGUGCCCGAAUGACGAACUCUUUGUUUCAGUUCAAUUUUUUUGAUAGAUCUUGGACAAGAAUUUCUACUGAGCGAAUUCUGAGAGGUGCUCCUCAGCCACCUGCCAGAAGAUAUGGACAUACCAUGGUAUCUUUUGAUAGGCAUUUGUAUGUUUUCGGCGGUGCAGCUGAUGCUACGCUAUCAAACGAUCUUCACUGUUUUGAUUUGGAUUCUCAAACAUGGAGUGUCGUUUUGCCAGAUCCUGAUUCUUUUGCUCCAUCAGGCAGGCUUUUUCAUGCGUCUGCCGUCGUUAACGAUGCGAUGUUUAUCUUUGGAGGAACUGUGGAUAACAAUGUUCGAAGCGGAGAAAUGUUCAGAUUUCAAUUUGCAAGCUAUCCAAAAUGCACUCUGCACGAGGACUAUGGCAAUUUAUUAACGAAAACUGAAUGUCAUCGAUAUUAUGACAUUCGGUUUUGUGUGGGGGAAAAUGAAGAAAUGAUAUUUGCCCACGUUCCAAUGGUGGCAGCUAGAUCAGCUUAUUUGAGAGAGAAAGUGAGAGAGGCUAAGGUAGCUAUGGAAGAAAGGAUAGCUAAAUUGUUUAGAGAUAAUAAUAAAAUUAAUCAUGUUAAUGUAAGUCACUAUAUGGAAGUUUUUCUACCUCAUGCUAACAGCGAUGCUUUUAAAAUGGUACUAGACUAUAUUUAUACUGAUCGCAUUGAUCCCUCGAAGUAUGUGACUAAGGGUGGCCCUGAUCAAGAAAAAACUAUUCUCAUAAGAAUCAUGGACGUUUAUCAACUGGCUGAAGAGUUUGAGAUGACCAGAUUAGAAUUUCUGUGCGUGCAAUUCUUAAAUACAACAAUCUGCCUGAAUAAUAUUGUUGAGGCUUUAAAAAAUGCAGAUAAAUUAAAUUUGGAGUUCAUUAAGGAGCAGUGUCUUCGAUUUAUAGUAAAAGAGACCAAUUUUAAUCAUAUUAUCAUGAGCCCCGAGUUUGAAACUCUAGAUAGCAGGUUGAUGGUUCAAAUUAUUAGAAGAAAGCAAUUGCCUCCACCCAAGGCUGCUCAUGAGACCACAUUUGAUCUCUCCAUAAGUUCUUUAGAAAAUGACAUGAGAAACUUCCUUAUGAACACAGGCAAGGAAUUUUGCGAUGUGGAUCUUAUAUUGGAAGACCAUAUUAUCCCGGCCCAUAAAGCUAUUUUGGUUGCUAGAUCGGGUUAUUUUGAAGCCAGAUUUAGGUCAUCGAUGCCUAACGAUACCGACAAGAGGGUAAAUAUAAAAAUUGGAGAGCUAACACCCUCAAAGAAAUCAUUUGAGACAUUACUUCGGUACAUUUAUUAUGGAGAUACAAAGAUGCCUCCCGAAGAUUCGCUGUACCUUUUUGCGUCGGCGUCCUUUUUCAAUUUCUCGAAUAUACGAUUGCAAACCUUUUGCAAGCAAAAUCUCGAAAGAAACGUUACUCAUGAAACGGUAUUAGAAGUCUUAGAGGCCGCUGAUAGAAUACAGGCUACCGAUAUGAAAAAAUACGCUUUGGACUUGAUCGCCUUAAACUUUACCAAGGUGGUAAAACAGCCGAGAUUUAAAAUGCUUGAUAAAGCACUCAUACUCGACAUCUUGUAUAUUCUGGCCGAUUGCAUGGGUGGAGAACUGAAUGUUGACGCAUGACGAUUGAAAAACAAUUUUUGGGGCCUAGACUUUUCCAUAGACGAAACCGGAAAGAGACAUACAAUGGAUAGUGGAUUAUGGUCGUAUCAUCGGCGAUUUAUAUACAUCAAAGGCAUCAAAAUUAAAAGGGAAUAUCUGCCGGAUAUACGUGUUUCGGAUAACGGCGCUAAUACGCUGUGCUUUUUUAAAAUGUAAAUUAGGUUUUCGCUUUGAUAUUUACUACUAUUUUGUCAGCUGAACAAGACACAUUUAUGGGCGAUAUUUUUACGCUAUUGAAAUGUACCGUAAAAAUAUACCGGGUGGCGUAUCGAAAACGAAACAGAGCCAAUUACGGCCAGUCCAUUAACUUUUAAAAAAAACGCUCGGACCCGUCGAUUUUAUUUUCGAGGGGGACACUUAAUAAUCACAAAAUCACUUUCCCACCUACAACACCCUAAGCGAGGGUGGCACUACCCUUAACAUCUUAAAUGGGAAGGGGGGUCGAGGGAUAUCUCAUUGGAAAGGUCUUUUAAUUCUCUUUACAAGGGUACUUGGUUAUACGCAAUUUAAGUAAGUACUUUUUAAAAUUUUCGCAUUUAAACCUUGAAAGGUAAUUUUCAAUAUCUUUACUUUAUCAUAGACUACUAAAGGUACUUUUAAGAAAAACAA